AUGAAAUCAGAAAAUUUGAAAAUGCGAAUGGACUGUCGAUUGACGAUCUUCACUCUCGCCAUUACCUUUGCUCUAUCUAUUUUCGGAGCCUUUCAGUUUACACUAUAUUCAGUCUCUUCUUCAGCGAAGAGAAAGAUAAAUGAAAGAAAUCAGAAUAAUGGCACUGUACUCAUUCAACUACUUUCAAAUCGCGAGAGUACUGCCGUGCAAUCAGCAGAAGCAGAUAUGACGGUUGCCGGAACAGAUGGCGAGAGCUCAACGAGCAAUGACAAUGGAAUGCAUAACACUCCGUUGUUAGCAGAUACUGUAUCACCAAUUGAAUUCAAAAAGCCUACGCUCAAGUAUUUCAUUAUUGAACCUCCUGAAUACACGAGCAGUCUGCUAACUGACAAGAAUGGAGUUUCGGAUAGUUACUACAAAUUUGCUUUAAAUGAAGAAAGUGCCGAAAUCUGGCUGCACCGAGCCUUUCAGCAAUUGAUAUAUGAAGAAGGUCAUACUAUUGACCCGUCGGAAGCAGAUGUCUUUUUGAUUGCUGGAUAUCUUCAUCUAAACUUGGCCACUCCUCCGCGACCGGAAUUGGGCAAUCAAACUGAGAUGAUUCAAUUGUACAAGGACAAGAUUGUCAACAAGACGAAACCACACUUACUCUUGACACCGACUUGGAAUCCUGGACGGAGUCAAAAAACAGGAGUGGCUCCCUUGACAGAUGCCUUGCAGAAGGAUGGUGUCAACAUGUGGUCGGUCGGUAUUGAACGAAACAAGAGCUGGCAGGGAUUGCCGCCAAACCGCAUCCUACCCAUUCCAUACGUCGUCCAGCAAUCCCUCGAACAACGAAACGACAAGUCGAGCCUCACCGACAAAAUAGAGAACUCCGUCUUUUAUGCGGGCGAUGCACGGCGGAAUGCCCAAGGAUGGGCUGGCUGCCAUCGCGAAGAAAUGAUACUGCCGCUGAAAGAAAACUCGACCUUGCCCAAUGUCGAUGUACGAAUUGUCGACAAGAAGAAUCGCCUGGAUCAAGCCGAAUACAAUCAUCGGAUGAUUACUAGCGAGUAUUGCCUGAUUUUGUGUGGCGACACGCCCACCUCUCGUAGUUUGGCAUCUGCUUGGGUAUCAGGUUGCAUCCCAAUCAUGGUGGGUUCUCGUCUGCGAGGCUUGUGCGAACCUCCAUGUCAAGCCAGAUUUGGCUGGGCGGCAACUGGCAAAGAGUAUCCACACUUUUGCUUUCCAGAUCGAAUACCUUGGAAGGACUUUCCUGAAGUCGAUGAAUCCAAGUUUACACUCCAUGGAGAUCAAGUACUCCAACAAGUCUUUUCACAAUAUGAUAAGGCGAAAAAGCAAGAGCUACGAAGAACUAUGAUGCAAGUGAGAGACGGGUGGAUCUAUGGCUGGGGCGAUCCCGUGACUAGUACCAGCUUUGGACAAGUACACAAAUACUUGUGGGAAGAAUUCGAAAAGUUGGUACUCGUGCAGUAG